GUUCUUGACGCGCAAUACAGGGAUGACAACUGAGUAUGUGAAAUUUUUGUAAACUGGUACAAAUUAGUUGAUAAAUCUGAUACCAAUUACCAACAUUUGCAUUAUGCGUGUAACAGUAAGAAAAUUAACAAAUUCUGAGCCUGAAGACCAUCAUUUAGAAAUAUCAGGUGCUGCAAGCGUUUUCGAAUUGAGGGAAUUAAUUUACGUUGAAUGUGAAGUUGAUGGCUGUCAAGAGCUUUUCUACGGAGGAAAACAGAGGGGAGGGGAUCCACUUCCACCUGAUGACAAUGAAUUGCAACUUCCAGUACCAUGGGAUGCACUCAUUGAUCAAGGAAGAAUUGAUAAUCCCCUGAUUCCAAACGAGCAUGGCCAUGGAGCAGACCCUUAUAGACAACCUUUAAUCAAUUACUACUUCAGGACUCUGCACAGGAAUCAGAAUAAUUGA